CGAGAAGUUGGCAACGCAUGCGCUUCGAUUGUGCGCACGGCCCGUGGCAACUUCAAGGCAGUCCACAGUGGCAGUCGCGCAGUCGAGAGGGGAAGCCGUAUCAUCACUAAAAAUCUCUUUUAUAUUUUCCCAAAGAGAAAUUCUCAUCGAUGUAAAUAACCGGAGAACCGUUAUUCCUCGAGGAAUUGAAAGGGCACUGUAACGCGUCGCAAAGAUGUCGACGUCUGCGAUAUACAUCUUGGAUGUGAAAGGGAAGGUGUUGAUCUCGCGGAAUUAUCGCGGGGAUAUAGAGACCGGUGUUAUAGAGAAAUUCAUGCCUCUAGUGAUGGAGCGCGAGGAGGAAGGUAAUCUGACUCCUAUUAUUCAAACGCCGGAAUGUACGUACGCGUACAUAAAAUAUAACAAUCUUUACAUCGUAUCGACUACGAAAAAGAAUGCCAAUAUCUCCCUGGUAUUUGUAUUCCUGCAUAAACUGGUUCAGGUCAUGCAGGAAUAUUUUAAAGAAUUAGAAGAAGAGAGUAUAAGAGACAAUUUUGUCGUCAUUUACGAGCUGUUAGACGAGCUCAUAGAUUUCGGUUAUCCUCAAACCACGGACAGUAAAAUCUUGCAAGAAUACAUCACUCAAGAGGGCCAUAAGCUUGAGAUUCAACCGCGUAUUCCUAUGGCUGUGACCAAUGCCGUGUCUUGGAGAUCGGAGGGUAUCAAGUAUCGCAAGAACGAGGUGUUCCUCGAUGUGAUAGAGUCUGUGAAUCUCUUGGCGAAUGCCAAUGGAAAUGUAUUGAGUUCGGAAAUAGUGGGUGCGAUAAAGAUGAGAGUUUAUUUGUCGGGAAUGCCGGAAUUAAGACUCGGACUGAACGACAAGGUUUUAUUCGAGUCGACAGGACGCGGAAAGUCCAAAUCCGUGGAAUUGGAAGACGUGAAGUUUCACCAGUGCGUCAGACUUUCCAGAUUCGAGAACGACAGAACAAUUUCUUUCAUUCCACCGGACGGCGAGUUCGAAUUAAUGUCGUACAGACUGAACACCCACGUGAAGCCGCUCAUAUGGAUCGAGUCUGUGAUCGAACGGCAUGCCCACAGCAGAGUGGAAUACAUGAUAAAGGCAAGGUCGCAGUUUAAGAGGCGAUCUACCGCCAACAAUGUAGAAAUAGUGAUUCCGGUACCGAACGACGCCGAUUCCCCGAAAUUCAAGACCACCAUCGGUAGCGUGAAAUAUUCGCCGGAGCAGAGCGCCAUAACUUGGUUCAUAAAAUCGUUCCCUGGAGGAAAGGAAUACCUGAUGAGAGCACACUUCGGCCUCCCGUCUGUCGUUGGCGAAGACGUGGAGGGCAAGCCGCCGAUUCAAGUGAAAUUCGAGAUCCCUUAUUUCACGACUUCCGGUAUCCAGGUGCGCUACUUGAAGAUCAUCGAGAAGAGCGGGUAUCAGGCGUUACCGUGGGUGCGAUAUAUCACGCAGAACGGGGAUUACCAGUUGAGAACGAAUUAAAAACGAGAGAACAGUCGCAGAAGUGGAAACUAGUCGGUUAGUACGCUUCCGAACGUUUGAAACCAUCAUUUUAGCUAUUUUACCUUCACAGCCGAUUGUGAUCCGUAUCGAAACGAUUUGAACGAAUACAACACGAGACUGGCGCGUCUCUCGAAUGAUUUGAUUUUUCAGCACACGGUUUUAAUACUCCUCUACAACGUUGUAUAAAUUCAUUAACCGAGUUCUUUCUAGAAGAUUUUAGGAAUACGAUGUACUUAAUUCCUCGAGCGUGCACGGGUUCCGCUCGACGCUCCGUUACUGUUGUACGAUACGAUUAGUAUUCUUCUUUGUACAAGGAUUCGUACUCUAGCCCUCCGUCGAAUAUUAUUACUCCGAAUGUGAAAAUGUUGUAAAUAAUUGGAUCGAGUACCGUAACCCAACGUUUUCACGGAGCUGUUAACGAUUUCGUCGUUCCAAUAGACGUCCUUUAUGCUAAUUUAAGCUCUGAUAGUAUUACGUCAGAAUUAAUCUUGUAUAUCAGUAUGACAAUAGGUAUAAUUCUGUUAUUAUUGUAUAUCAGUGUAUUAGUAAUUUAAAGUAUAAAAGAGAUGUAUUAAAUUUUUAAUAGAAAUUAUA